ACGAAGCAUCCCAUGACCUUCUAAAGCAAAACGACAAGUUUUCAAUCCCCCUACUCCACUCACACAUACUGACACACACACCUUCGCCGUACCCGGGAGGUAAUAAAGCCGGCAGCUACCAUAGCUGUAUUCCAGUUGUCCUCCAAUGGCUAUUAUAUAUAAUCCACAACCACACAUUCAAGUAUUCAACACACUAUCACGCAUCCAAAACCCCUUCUCGAUCUUCUUCAAUAAUAUCAUCAAUGGCGUCAAAGAAUCAAUCGGAGUUUCAGGAUUUCUUACCUUUAAUGGCGGAUAAGUUAGGCGGCGAAGGUCUGAUCGGAGAGUUAUGCAACGGAUUUCAGUUAUUGAUGGACGCGGACAAGGGCGUCAUCACCUUCGACAGUCUGAAGAACAACUCUUCGCUUUUAGGUCUUGAAGAUAUGAGCGACGAUGAUCUCCGGAGUAUGUUGAAGGAAGGCGAUUUUGAUGGAGAUGGAGCGCUAAAUCAGAUGGAAUUUUGUGUUCUGAUGUUCAGAUUAAGCCCUGAUUUGAUGGAGCAGUCCCAAUUUUUGUUAGAAGAAGCUCUUGAACAUGAAUUCGAUCAAAUGUAAUUUACUAUUUUCAUAUGUUCCUUGAUAAAUGUACAAAAUCAAUAAUUCUUCCAUAAUCGAAAUUCUAGAAUCAUCGAUUACAGAUUUUUAACAAAA